AUGUAUAAGAGAAACUUAAAAACACAGGAACAUACGGAGAAAAGGUUUGAAGAUAAAAAUAAACCUAAAGACAUAGAAAUCGUUUUAACAAAGCUAAACAGAAAUAAUAGAUUCCAAUCGACAAAUCUCCGAGUACCGAGAAUUUUACACGACAGAGGUGAUUCGAAAAAUACAAAAGUCGAUAUAAAAUUCAAAUAUGACUCUUCAAAAGUUAACAGAGCUACUGAAGCCGAUGCCAAAACGAUUAAAACAGAAACUAUAUCUUUUAGGAAUAAUUCAUUUAGAAAAAUAAACGGAUCAAAUAAAAUUAUUUCUAACAAAGAUGGAUUUAAUAACGAUAGUAAAUUAAAAUUAUUAAAUUUAAAAAUAGAAAACAAAGAAAAGGUGGUGGAAGACAAGAAAGUCUUUGAAAAGGAGCCACAGAUUCAAAAAACAUUAGUAAAAAAUGAUCGAACGGGAACAGAAAUAUCAAAGGAUUGUGAUCAAAAGAAGCCUAAAAUUAAGGAAGUAAUCACUAUACCUUAUUUACCUCUCGAUGAUUCGGUCACGCAAAUACCUGAUGAAGAAUUAUCAGAAGUGAUAAAACCAAUUAUAAAAGACACAUCUAAAUCAAGCCCUAAAACAUUAUCACCGAAAACAGUCACAUUUAAAGACCAACGUUUAAAAUCGGCUAAAAAAACUGAGAAUAGAGAUAAUCAAGUGAAAAAUGUAUCGAAUUUAAAAAUUAAAAAUAAAACUAAAACGCCAACAACUACGAAAGGUCAGCGUCGAAGAAAGAGAUUUUCCGCGUCACCUGUCAAAUGUGUUAUUAACGAAUUCCCGCCAACUGAAGUUGUCAAAUGGGAGCCAUCUUGUUUGACGAGUCAAACGCAACCGUAUUACGAGGCCUGGGUUGAUACAACUUUGACAGCAUUUUCAAAAUAUUCAGAAGAAGAGAAAUAUAUUAUGGAAAAAGAUUUAUUGAAAGCGUUGCAACAUUUAAAGAGGCCCGUUUCACCUGAACUUAUUUACGAGAGAUUCAAAGAUGAGAGAUACACCGGCAGGAUUAGAAUAAGACGUAAAUGAAAUAUCGUCAAAUUUAUUGUGU